UCAGCGGUGGAACAGGAACUCUGAACAUGUCGAGUCAUUACUGCCCGUACUCAAAGUUCACUCGGGUCUGGAUCCCUGACGUGGAGGAUGUAUGGAAGGCUGCAGAGAUCACCAGAGAUUACAAGGAAGGAGACACCAUUCUGCACCUGCAGCUGGAGGAUGCAACGCCUCUGGAGUAUGCUGUUGGACCAAAGACCAAUCCUCUUCCUUUCCUGCGAAACCCUGACAUCCUGGUUGGGGAGAAUGACCUGACAGCUCUCAGCUAUCUGCAUGAACCUGCCGUCCUUCACAACCUGAAAGUUCGGUUUCUGGAGUCCAACCACAUCUACACGUACUGUGGAAUCGUGCUUGUGGCAAUCAACCCCUAUGAGCAGCUGCCAAUAUACGGCGAAGAGGUCAUCAAUGCCUACAGUGGCCAGAACAUGGGCGACAUGGACCCGCACAUCUUUGCUGUGGCUGAGGAGGCCUACAAGCAGAUGGCCAGGGAUGAGAGGAAUCAGUCUAUCAUAGUGAGCGGGGAAUCAGGGGCCGGAAAAACGGUCUCUGCAAAGUACGCCAUGCGCUUUUUUGCUACCGUUGGCGGCUCAGCUAAUGACACAAAUAUUGAAGAGAAGGUUCUGGCCUCCAACCCCAUUAUGGAGGCAAUCGGAAACGCAAAAACCACUCGGAAUGACAACAGCAGCCGCUUUGGAAAGUACAUAGAGAUCGGUUUCAGCAGGCAUUACCACAUCAUUGGUGCCAAUAUGCGCACAUAUCUGCUAGAGAAAUCUCGAGUUGUUUUUCAGGCUGAAGAUGAGCGAAAUUAUCACAUAUUCUACCAGCUGUGUGCCUCCUCCACUUUAGCAGAGUUGAAAGACCUCGCUUUGAGCAGUGCAGAAGACUUUAUCUACACCUCCUUAGGAGAGAACAUCUUCAUCGAAGGAGUCAAUGAUGCUGAUGAUUUUGAUAAGACCAGAGUGGCCUUUGCGAUGUUGGGGAUAAAGGAAAACAUCCAGAGCAGCAUCUUCAAGAUUGUUGCAUCAAUCCUGCAUGUGGGAAACGUAGAGAUCUUGUCUGAGAGAGACGGAGAGUCCUGUCGCAUCUCAAAGAACGACCCCCACCUGAAGCACUUCUGCAGGCUGCUGGGGGUGGAGCAGCAGCAGAUGGAGCACUGGCUGUGCCGCAGGAAGCUGGUCACCACUUCCGAGACCUACGUUAAAAAUAUGUCCAAAGAGCAGGCGCAAAACGCCCGUGACGCUCUGGCCAAACACAUCUACGCACACAUGUUUGACUGGAUCGUGGGACACAUCAACAGGGUCUUGCACACCACCUCCAAAACCCACCUCUUCAUUGGCGUGCUGGACAUCUACGGCUUUGAGACCUUUGAGGUCAACAGUUUUGAGCAGUUUUGCAUCAACUACGCCAACGAGAAGCUCCAGCAGCAAUUUAAUCUGCACGUCUUCAAGUUGGAGCAGGAAGAAUACAUGAAGGAGCAAAUCCCAUGGACAUUAAUCGACUUCUAUGAUAACCAGCCGUGUAUUGACCUGAUCGAGGCUAAGCUGGGCGUUCUCGACCUGCUGGAUGAAGAGUGCAAAGUGCCAAAGGGGACAGACCAGAACUGGGCCCAGAAGCUGUACAAGCGGCACGGCGGCUCCGCUCACUUCCAGAAGCCCCGCAUGUCCAACACGUCCUUCAUCAUCAUCCACUUUGCUGAUCAGGUGGAAUAUCAGUGUGAAGGGUUCCUGGAGAAGAACAGAGACACGGUCUAUGAGGAGCAAAUCAACAUCCUGAAGGCCAGUCAGUUUCAGCUCGUGGCAGAUCUGUUCCAGGAUAAGGAAGAAAGUACUUCUUCUAAGUCAUCCAGGGUGAGCAUUCGAGCAGCAAAGCCUGCUCUGAAAAUGUCCAACAAGGAGCACAAAAAAACUGUGGGACACCAGUUCCGCAGUUCCCUUCACCUUCUCAUGGACACCCUGAACGCCACCACGCCUCAUUAUGUGCGCUGCAUCAAGCCCAACGAUUACAAGGAUGCCUUCUCCUUUGAUUCGAGGCGCGCUGUGCAGCAGCUGAGGGCGUGUGGCGUUCUGGAGACCAUCCGCAUCAGUGCAGCGGGAUAUCCGUCAAGGUGGACGUACUCAGAUUUCUUCAGCAGAUACAGGGUCCUGAUGAAAAGGUCAGACGUGAGCUCAGCAGACAAGAAGCUGAUGUGCAGGAACCUGCUGGAGAUUCUGAUUAAGGAUCCGGACAUGUUUCAGUUUGGUAAGACCAAGAUUUUUUUCCGGGCGGGCCAAGUGGCCUAUCUGGAGAAGCUCAGGGCUGACAAAUUCCGCUCAGCCUGCAUUAAGAUCCAGAAGACAGUACGAGGUUGGCUGCAGAGAAUACGCUACCUCAAGAUUCGCAAGUCUGUCAUGCUUCUUCAAAGAUAUGGACGUGGAUAUCUGGCCCGCAGGCAUGCUGAGUUUCUGCGUUUGAGUCGUGCUGCCCUGAUCUGUCAGAAACAGUACCGCAUGGUGAGAGAUCGCCGCGCCUUUCUGAGGCUAAAGCAGGCCGUCAUCACCAUCCAGGCCUACACCAGGGGCAUGUACACACGCAGGAUCUACUGGGAGUUCCUCCUGCACCACAAGGCCAUGAUCAUCCAGAAGACCGUCCGUGGUUGGCUGGUGAGGCAGAAAUUCAAACGUGCAUGCAGCGCCGCCAUCAUCAUCCAGUGUGCCUACAGGCGCAUGCACGCCAAGCGGGAGCUGAAGCAGUUAAAGAUCGAGGCGCGGUCCGCUGAGCGGCUGAAGAAGCUCAACAACGGCAUGGAGAACAAGAUCGUGCAGCUGCAGAGGAAAAUGGACGAUCAGAGCAAAGAGUACAAAGCCCAGAACGAGCACCUGAUGACGGCCAACCUCAGCCUCAACUCUGAGGUCAGCAAGCUGCAGAAGGAGCUGGAGCAGGUCCGGCAGCGCGCCGAUGACGCUCAGCUCGUGUCACUGCAGGAGGAACUGGAGAGGCUGAGGGCGGAGCUGCAGGAGGCCUACGCCCAGAAGAGCAGGGUGGAGGACGAGUACCACGGUCAGAAACGCUGCUGGACAAAGAGGGUGGAGGAGCUGGAGAAGGAGAACUCGGUGCUGAUGAGUGAGAGGGAGGAACUGAAGGAAAUGAUCCGGCAGCAGUCUGAGAGCACAGACGAGCAUGGCAGCUCUCAGAGGGAAGCCUCACUGCAGGCUGAGCUGGAUGGAGAAAGGCAGCGUUACCAGAACUUGGUGAGGGAGUUUUCCCGACUGGAGCAGCGAUAUGACAACCUGAAGGAGGACAUCUCCCUGAACAAGCUGCCCCCUGGACACAGGAGGAAUCCAUCCAACCAGAGCAGCCUGGAGUCUGACUCCAACUAUCCGUCGGUGUCCAUGUCGGAGGUUGGAGACACGGAGGAUGCCGUUCAGCUGGUGGAGGAGAUGGGACUGGAAAAGGCAGCAAUGGACAUCAGUCUGUUCAUGAAACUCCAGAAGCGGGUCCGAGAGUUGGAACAGGAGAGGAAGAAACUGCAAGCAAAUAUUGACAAGCUUGAGGAGCUGAGCAAACACAAGGGCCUCGAGUCCAAGAGCUCCAUCUCUGAGCAAGAGCAUAUGGACAUGACGUACAGCAAUCUGAAGAGAGAGGAGCUGGAAACGGAAAACAAAAAACUUAAAAAUGACUUGAACGAGUUGAGGAAGACCAUCGCAGAGCGAGCGACCCAGAGCAGCUCCUCCAACGACCUGCAGGAGAGCUACCACCUGCUGCUCAGUCAGCUGAAGGCAGCCAACGAGGAGCUGGACGCCCGCAAGGAGGAGGUCCUGAUUCUCCGGACUCAGAUACAGAGCGCCGUCCAGCAGCAAGAGAAGGUUGAUCAGACGAAGACUGUUUCCGACCUGAGCUCAACUCAGACCUCUGCGGACAGAGAUGAGGCUGUGACAUCGUGUGAUGGACGCUGUGAGUCCAAAAGGCUGUUGGAGGCUCAGCUCCAGUCUCAGUCCCGGCAGCACAAAGACGAGCUGGAGGCACUUCACACUCAGAUCGAGCUGCUGAAAGAUGACAUUGAGAAGAAGCAGGAGAUCCUGAACUAUACCAUGUCCCUGUCGCCAGAGGCCCAGGUGGAGUACAGCAUCCAGCAGGAGAUCACCCGCCUCACCAACGACAAUCUGGACCUAAAAGAGCUGGUGGAAAAACUGGAGAAGAACGAGCGCAAGCUGAAGAAACAGCUCCGAAUCUACAUGAAGAAGGUCCAGGAGCUAGAAGUUUCCCAUGCUCAGACCAGCAGGUCCAAACCUGAACUCAGUCGCCAGUUCACUGUGCAGCGCAAAGAGAAGGACUUUGAAGGGAUGCUGGAGUACUACAAGGAGGAUGAGGCUCUUCUCAUCAAAACUCUGAUCAAUGAUUUCAGACCUGAAGCCGUGUCGGCGACUGUCCCAUGCCUGCCCGCUUAUAUUCUGUUCAUGUGCAUCCGCCAUGCUGACUACAUAAAUGAUGAUCAGAAGGUGGAGUCUCUGCUCACCUCCACCAUCAAUGCUGUCAAGAAGGUCCUAAAGAAGAACAGUGAGAACUUUGACAUGACAUCUUUCUGGCUGGCCAACAGCAGUCGUCUUCUUCACUGCCUGAAGCAGUACAGCGGUGAUGAGGCUUUCAUGACCCAGAACACACCCAAACAAAAUGAGCACUGCCUGAAGAACUUUGACCUGACAGAGUACCGACAGGUCCUGAGCGACCUGUCCAUCCAGAUCUACCAGCAGCUCAUUAAGGUGGCAGAAGGCUUCAUCCAGCCCAUGAUCGUCUCCGCCAUGCUGGAGAGUGAGAGCAUCCCCAGCUUGGCGGCGGUGAAACCGAUGGGCUACAGGAACCGCUCCUCCAGCAUGGACAACGACAGCGGCGGUGCCAGCAGCUACACCCUGCAGGCCCUGAUCAGACAGCUGGGACAGUUCCACAGCACCAUGUGUGAGCACGGCCUGGACCCCGAGAUCAUCUGCCAAGUCAUCCGGCAGCUUUUCCACUGUAUCAACGCGGUUACCCUCAACAACCUGCUGCUCCGCAAAGACGUCUGCUCCUGGAGCACCGGCAUGCAGCUCAGGACUCGCUGCGUUUUGUCAGGACUGGCUGCGGUUUGUCAGGACUGGCUGCGUUUUGUCAGGACUCACUGCGUUUUGUCAGGACUGGCUGCGGUUUGUCAGGACUGGCUGCGUUUUGUCAGGACUGGCUGCGUUUUGUCAGGACUGGCUGCGGUUUGUCAGGACUGGCUGCGUUUUGUCAGGACUGGCUGCGGUUUGUCAGGACUGGCUGCGGUUUGUCAGGACUGGCUGCGGUUUGUCAGGACUGGCUGCGUUUUGUCAGGACUGGCUGCGGUUUGUCAGGACUGGCUGCGGUUUGUCAGGUCUGGCUGCGUUUUGUCAGGACUGGCUGCGGUUUGUCAGGACUGGCUGCGGUUUGUCAGGACUGGCUGCGGUUUGUCAGGUCUGGCUGCGUUUUGUCAGGCUUUGCUGCGUUUUGUCAGGACUGGCUGCGGUUUGUCAGGACUGGCUGCGUUUUGUCAGGACUGGCUGCGUUUUGUCAGGACUGGCUGCGUUUUGUCAGGACUGGCUGCGGUUUGUCAGGACUGGCUGCGGUUUGUCAGGACUCGCUGCGUUUUGUCAGGACUGGCUGCGGUUUGUCAGGACUGGCUGCGUUUUGUCAGGACUCGCUGCGUUUUGUCAGGACUGGCUGCGGUUUGUCAGGACUGGCUGCGUUUUGUCAGGACUGGCUGCGGUUUGUCAGGACUGGCUGCGUUUUGUCAGGACUGGCUGCGUUUUGUCAGGACUGGCUGCGGUUUGUCAGGACUGGCUGCGGUUUGUCAGGACUCGCUGCGUUUUGUCAGGACUGGCUGCGGUUUGUCAGGACUGGCUGCGUUUUGUCAGGACUCGCUGCGUUUUGUCAGGACUGGCUGCGGUUUGUCAGGACUGGCUGCGUUUUGUCAGGACUGGCUGCGUUUUGUCAGGACUGGCUGCGUUUUGUCAGGACUGGCUGCGUUUUGUCAGGACUGGCUGCGUUUUGUCAGGACUGGCUGCGGACUGGCUGCGGUUUGUCAGGACUGGCUGCGUUUUGUCAGGACUGGCUGCGGUUUGUCAGGACUGGCUGCGGUUUGUCAGGACUGGCUGCGUUUUGUCAGGACUGGCUGCGGUUUGGACGAGCAGCUGUGUAGGAACACAUCACGCACUGCGCUCACCGUGCAACAGAUUGUCAAAAUUCUCAACCUUUAUACUCCACUCAACGAGUUUGAAGAACGAGUCACCGUGUCCUUCAUUCGAAACAUUCAGAAUCAUCUUCAGGAAAGAAAUGAUCCUCCUCAGCUGCUGGUGGACACCAAGCACACCUUCCCCGUCCUCUUCCCUUACGCUCCGUCUGCUCUCAACCUGGAAGCGCUGCACAUCCCGGCGUCGCUCGGCCUGGACUUUCUGACCAGAGUGUGAUGUCACCAGUGUGUUGCUGACCUGCUGUCAAACCUCAAGUUGGUUUUAUCCAACAGACGCAGAAGAAAGCAGCCACAGUGGUUUAAUAUGAGAGGACACCUGAGGCAGAGCAGACAAUGUGGGGGGACCAUCUGCUUUGGUAACAAAUAAAACCACAGAGAUGUUUAAAGAGUUCAGAAUCCACUGUGUCCCAGUAAAAGAGACUGUAAUUAGUGAGUUAGUGUUUGUGCUGAUGCCAGGUCAGGACCUGACCCAGUUCACACCCCAAACCCCCCCCAAUCCCACAAGCAGGUCCUGGAGUUCAGUUCGUUCCAACAGAGCCCUGCACACUUUAAUAGUUCAUCCGUUCCACGUGGACACAUGGACUUCAUGUCGACAGCGUUUUCUAUCUGACAGGUUUCCUCCGCAGUCUGGAAGAGGACGGAAUUUGAUUUUAGUCAUUUCCACAUCUGGAUAAGUUUGGAAGAAGGAACCUACGGUGUGAAGAAAUAUUUGUGUUUCCAGAUUUUUGCUGUUACUUUGUAGAGUAAAAUGUUUGGAUCAGAGAAAUAUGUUGUUGUGCUCAGUGAAGACGUGCAGCCAUGUGAUUGGUCUCUGUGUUUGAGUGGGUGGAGUCAGUCUCAUGUGUCCGUCCCCAGUCGAGUCUUUUCACUGCUCGGUCGUCUCGGAGACGUCGACAGGUAAACAGAGAGAUCGUGGAAGCACACGCUCUGCUCUCACAGAUGGGGAAAGAUGGCGAAAGCGUCGCAGAACUCAGUGAGGCCGCUGUGAGACACGGAGACGGACUCAGCGGAGACGGACUCAGCGGAGAUGGACUCAGCGGUGACACGCCGUCACAACACCAGAUGAACUUUUGAAGAUCUGCUUGGAAUGAGACAGUUCACUGCCUCGUGUUACGCAGGUGGACUGUUUAUGUUCACUGAGCCCCGAUACAUCAGAGGACACCGUCCUGACGCAACGUCAACAGGGCUGGACACAACAUAUCACAUGCACCAGAGCACACCUCACUCCCAUCAUGCACUAGUGCACACCUCCCAGGAGGGACGCCCCACGCAUUCAGAACCUUCAAAAACCAGUUGUUAAAAUACCGUCAUCUCUGUUUAGUUUGAUUCUCCUGUCUGCAGGAGGCGGAGCCAACCUGCUGCGUGUUUGAGCAUAGAUCUAUAAAGUCCACUCGAGUGGACGACAUAGAACAGCAAGUCAGUCCACAAACGGUGGAAGAAUAAAUGGAACUGGUUAACUCUCUGACCACAGACGUCGCGGUCUCUCUAACCACAGACGUCUUGUCGCAGUCUCUCUAACCACAGGCAUCAUGGUCUCUCUAACCACAGACGUAGCGGUCUCUCUAACCACAGAUGUCACGGUCUCUCUAACCACAGACGUCGCGGUCUCUCUAACCACAGACGUCACGGUCUCUGCAACUACCGACAUCACGGUCUCUGCAACCACAGAUGUCGCAGUCUCUCUAACCACAGACGUCUUGUCGCAGUCUCUCUAACCACAGGCAUCAUGGUCUCUCUAACCACAGACGUAGCGGUCUCUCUAACCACAGAUGUCACGGUCUCUCUAACCACAGACGUCGCGGUCUCUCUAACCACAGACGUCACGGUCUCUGCAACUACCGACAUCACGGUCUCUGCAACCACAGAUGUCGCAGUCUCUCUAACCACAGAUGUCGCGGUCUCUCUAACCACAGGCAUCAUGGUCUCUCUAACCACAGACGUAGCGGUCUCUCUAACCACAGAUGUCGCGGUCUCUCUAACCACAGACGUCGCAGUCUCUCUAACCACAGACGUCUUGUCGCAGUCUCUCUAACCACAGGUAUCAUGGUCUCUCUAACCACAGACGUCGCGGUCUCUCUAACCACAGACGUCGCGGUCUCUGCAACCACCGACGUCGCGGUCUCUGCAACCACAGAUGUCGCGGUCUCUCUAACCACAGAUGUCGCAGUCUCUCUAACCACAGACGUCGCGGUCUCUGCAACCACAGACGUCGCGGUCUCUCUAACCACAGACGUCGCGGUCUCUUUAACCACAGACGUCUUGUCGCGGUCUCUCUAACCACAAACGUCUUGUCGCGGUCUGUCUAACCACAGGCAUCAUGGUCUCUCUAACCACAGACGUAGCGUCUCUCUAACCACAGAUGUCGCAGUCUCUCUCACCACAGACGUCUUGUCGCAGUCUCUCUAACCACAGGCAUCAUGGUCUCUCCAACCACAGACGUCACAGUCUCUCUAACCACAGACGUCGCGGUCUCUCUAACCACAGACGUCGCGGUCUCUGCAACCACCGACGUCGCGGUCUCUGCAACCACAGACGUCGCAGUCUCUCUAACCACAGACGUCGCGGUCUCUCUAACCACAGACGUCACAGUCUCUGCAACCACAGACGUCGCGGUCUCUGCAACCACAGACGUUGCAGUCUCUCUAACCACAGACGUCGCAGUCUCUCUAACCACAGACGUCGCAGUCUCUCUAACCACAGACGUCGCGGUCUCUUUAACCACAGACGUCUUGUCGCGGUCUCUCUAACCACAGACGUCUUGUCGCGGUCUCUCUAACCACAGACGUCUUGUCGCAGUCUCUCUAACCACAGGCAUCAUGGUCUCUCUAACCACAGACGUCACGGUCUCUCUAACCACAGAUGUCGCGGUCUCUCUAACCACAGACAUCAACGCCUCUCUAACCACAGACGUCGCGGUCUCUGCAGCCACCGCCGUCGCGGUCUCUGCAACCACAGACGUCGCGGUCUCUCUAACCACAGACGUCGCGGUCUCUCUAACCACAGAUGUUGCGGCCUCUCUAACCACAGAUGUCGCGGUCUCUCUAACCACAGACGUCGUGGUCUCUCGACAUCGCCGUCUCUCU